CGAAGAGCCAAACAAACUGGAAGCCCAAGAGGACACAUUAUAAGCCAAGGAUGGCUCAUGCGAAGAGGUUUUCUCAAAUUCCCAUGUCUAAGUGCAUGCGGGAUCUCUGUAAAGAGGAAGAUUACUCGUUUCUGACCGGUCUGGAGAAGCAGGAUCUUGAGGAAGAGUGCACACAGCAGGACAGCGAGAGGCUGGAAAAGCUAGAAGAAAGAGUUCAUCGGCGACAGAAGCGAGAGCAAGAGCAUCAAGAAAAGCAACGCGAACUAGAGCAACAGCAGAAGGAGAAGGACGAGCAGUGGAGAAGUCAUGUGGCUGAGCUGGCGGUCCAACGCAAGGCCAUACACGCCAAACUGGACAGACUACGAGAAUUCAGGGACUUUCAGAAGAAAGUCGUGCUUCAGGAUUUGGGUCUGGAUCCAGAUUCUGCCAAUGAAACAGUCAAGCACCUUCUGAUGAGAUUGUAACUGUGUUUACUAGUGUAAAAACACACAUAUUUACUAAGCUAAUAAAGAUUUAUAUGAUCUGUUUCGGUAUGUAGAGGUCAUAUAUCUUCAUAAAAUGUCUUAAAGGGGUCACGACAUCCUGAAAGCUUCAUAACUUGCAGGUUAAAAAUGAUGUUUACUGUUAAAUUCCUCACAUCAAGACCAUUGAAGAUGUUGAAUGUCAAGAUAUUAAAGAUUUGAUCUAAAAGUUUGGGUGUUUAAUAGUCAUAUAUUUUCAGAUAUUGUGUUAAAUGGGUCAUGAAAUGCUGAAAAAAUUAUGUUUACUGUUAAAUUACAAACAU